GCCCCCGCCCCUCCGCCUCCACGCCUCGCUCCCCGUGAGGGGCGCAGACCCGCGCGCCCGGGGCCGGGGCCGCCUCCGGAGCAACGCGAUCCGCCUUUUCUUUCCUUUCUUUAUUUUUUUUAUUUUUCCCCCCUUUUAAAUUUUGGUCGGUGGCGGCAGUGCUGGGCCCGAGGAAGGAAGGGACACGGAGGCCGCCCUCGCUCAGACACCCCCUCCCCGCUUCCCCCUGGGCCGGGCUCCGGGAGAUGUGCCGGGCGGGGGGCCCGGCUUCGCGGAGCCGCCGGAGGAGCGCGCACGGCCGACCCCGAAGCGCCGCUGGACAGGCUGGUGGGCCAGGCUGUGGUACCCUGGUGAUGCGGGGCGAGACCCACCCCACAGUCCGCUGAGAGUCCUGCGCCCGCCCCUGGCCUUCGCCAUGGCCCGCUUGGCUGCAGCACUCUGGAGUCUCUGUGUCACCACUGUCCUCGUCACCUCUGCUACCCAAGGCCUGAGCCGGGCCGGGCUCCCGUUUGGAUUGAUGCGCCGGGAGUUAGCAUGCGAAGGUUAUCCCAUCGAGCUGCGGUGCCCAGGCAGUGACGUCAUCAUGGUGGAGAACGCUAACUACGGGCGCACAGAUGACAAGAUCUGCGACGCCGACCCUUUCCAGAUGGAGAACGUGCAGUGCUACCUGCCCGACGCCUUCAAGAUCAUGUCCCAGAGGUGUAAUAACCGAACCCAGUGUGUGGUGGUGGCCGGCUCCGAUGCCUUUCCUGACCCCUGUCCUGGAACCUACAAGUACCUGGAGGUGCAGUACGACUGUGUCCCUUACAUAGAAGUGGAGCAGAAAGUCUUCGUGUGCCCAGGGACUCUGCAGAAGGUACUGGAGCCCACCUCCACACAUGAGUCAGAGCACCAGUCUGGUGCCUGGUGCAAGGACCCGCUGCAGGCAGGUGACCGUAUCUACGUCAUGCCCUGGAUCCCCUACCGCACGGACACACUGACUGAAUAUGCCUCGUGGGAGGACUAUGUGGCUGCGCGCCACACCACCACGUACCGACUGCCCAACCGUGUGGAUGGCACUGGCUUUGUAGUCUACGAUGGCGCAGUCUUCUACAACAAGGAGCGCACGCGCAACAUCGUCAAGUAUGACCUGCGGACUCGCAUCAAGAGCGGAGAGACAGUCAUCAACACAGCCAACUACCAUGACACCUCGCCUUACCGUUGGGGAGGCAAGACCGACAUUGACCUGGCGGUGGAUGAGAACGGGCUGUGGGUCAUCUAUGCCACUGAGGGCAACAACGGGCGCCUGGUGGUGAGCCAGCUCAACCCCUACACGCUGCGCUUUGAGGGCACCUGGGAAACGGGCUACGACAAGCGCUCGGCCUCCAAUGCCUUCAUGGUAUGCGGUGUCCUCUACGUGCUGCGCUCCGUGUAUGUGGAUGACGACAGCGAGGCGGCGGGCAACCGUGUGGACUAUGCCUUCAACACCAAUGCAAACCGAGAGGAGCCAGUCAGUCUCGCUUUCCCCAACCCCUACCAGUUUGUGUCCUCUGUCGACUACAACCCCCGGGACAACCAGCUGUAUGUGUGGAAUAACUACUUUGUGGUGCGCUACAGCCUGGAGUUUGGACCCCCAGACCCCAGCGCUGGCCCAGCCACUUCUCCACCUCUCAGUACCACCACCACAGCUCGGCCCACACCCCUCACCAGCACAGCCUCGCCUGCAGCCACCACUCCACUCCGUCGGGCACCCCUCACCACACACCCAGUGGGUGCCAUUAACCAGCUCGGACCUGACCUGCCUCCAGCGACAGCCCCAGUGCCCAGCACCCGGCGGCCCCCAGCUCCCAAUCUGCAUGUGUCCCCUGAGCUCUUCUGUGAACCCCGAGAGGUCCGGCGGGUCCAGUGGCCAGCCACCCAACAGGGUAUGCUGGUGGAGAGGCCUUGCCCCAAGGGAACGCGAGGAAUUGCCUCGUUCCAGUGUCUCCCUGCUUUGGGGCUCUGGAAUCCUCGUGGUCCUGACCUCAGUAACUGCACCUCCCCUUGGGUCAACCAAGUAGCCCAGAAGAUUAAGAGUGGAGAGAAUGCAGCCAACAUUGCUAGUGAGCUGGCCCGCCAUACGCGGGGCUCCAUCUACGCUGGGGACGUGUCCUCAUCGGUGAAGCUGAUGGAACAGCUGUUAGACAUCCUGGAUGCCCAGCUCCAGGCCCUCCGGCCCAUUGAGCGCGAAUCAGCUGGCAAGAACUACAACAAGAUGCACAAGCGAGAGAGAACCUGCAAGGAUUAUAUCAAGGCCGUGGUGGAGACGGUGGACAACCUGCUCCGGCCAGAGGCGCUUGAGUCCUGGAAAGACAUGAAUGCCACAGAACAGGUGCAUACAGCCACCAUGCUCCUAGAUGUCCUGGAGGAGGGGGCCUUCCUGCUGGCCGACAAUGUCAGGGAACCCGCUCGCUUCUUAGCUGCCAAGCAGAAUGUGGUCCUGGAGGUGACUGUCCUGAACACAGAGGGUCAAGUGCAGGAGUUGGUGUUUCCCCAGGAAUAUCCCAGCGAGAACUCCAUCCAGCUGUCUGCCAACACCAUCAAGCAGAAUAGCCGCAACGGGGUGGUCAAGGUUGUCUUCAUCCUCUACAACAACUUGGGCCUGUUCUUGUCCACGGAGAAUGCCACGGUGAAGCUGGCAGGCGAGACAGGGACCGGUGGCCCUGGCGGUGCCUCCCUGGUGGUGAACUCACAGGUCAUCGCAGCUUCCAUCAAUAAGGAAUCAAGCCGCGUCUUCCUCAUGGACCCUGUCAUCUUUACUGUGGCUCACUUGGAGGCCAAGAACCACUUCAAUGCAAACUGCUCCUUCUGGAACUACUCAGAGCGCUCCAUGCUGGGCUACUGGUCAACCCAGGGCUGCCGCCUGGUGGAAUCCAAUAAGACCCAUACCACAUGUGCCUGCAGCCACCUCACCAACUUCGCAGUGCUCAUGGCUCACCGAGAGAUCUACCAGGGCCGGAUCAAUGAGCUGCUGCUGUCGGUCAUCACCUGGGUGGGCAUUGUCAUCUCCCUGGUCUGUCUGGCCAUCUGUAUCUCCACCUUCUGCUUCCUGCGAGGCCUGCAGACCGACCGCAACACCAUCCACAAGAACCUGUGCAUCAACCUCUUCCUUGCCGAGCUGCUUUUCCUGGUUGGGAUAGACAAGACUCAGUAUGAGGUUGCCUGCCCCAUCUUCGCGGGCCUGCUGCACUACUUUUUCCUGGCCGCGUUUUCCUGGCUGUGCCUGGAAGGUGUGCACCUCUACCUGCUGCUGGUGGAAGUAUUUGAAAGCGAAUACUCACGUACCAAGUACUAUUACCUGGGCGGCUACUGCUUCCCAGCCCUGGUGGUAGGCAUCGCAGCCGCCAUUGACUACCGAAGCUAUGGCACCGAGAAGGCCUGCUGGCUGAGAGUUGACAACUACUUCAUCUGGAGCUUCAUUGGGCCUGUUUCCUUUGUCAUUGUGGUGAACCUGGUGUUCCUCAUGGUGACCCUGCACAAGAUGAUCCGGAGCUCAUCAGUGCUCAAGCCUGACUCCAGUCGCCUUGACAACAUCAAGUCCUGGGCGCUGGGCGCCAUUGCGCUGCUCUUCUUGCUGGGCCUCACCUGGGCUUUCGGCCUCCUCUUCAUCAACAAGGAGUCUGUAGUCAUGGCCUAUCUCUUCACUACCUUCAACGCCUUCCAGGGGGUCUUCAUCUUUGUCUUUCACUGCGCCUUACAGAAAAAGGUGCACAAGGAGUACAGCAAGUGCCUGCGUCACUCCUACUGCUGCAUCCGCUCCCCACCUGGGGGUACUCACGGCUCCCUCAAGACCUCAGCCAUGCGAAGUAACACCCGAUACUACACAGGGACCCAGAGCCGAAUCCGGAGGAUGUGGAACGACACCGUGAGGAAACAGACAGAGUCCUCCUUUAUGGCAGGUGACGUCAACAGCACCCCCACCCUGAACCGAGGUACCAUGGGGAAUCAUCUACUGACCAACCCCGUGCUACAACCCCGUGGGGGCACCAGCCCAUACAAUACACUCAUUGCAGAAUCUGUGGGCUUCAAUCCUUCCUCGCCCCCAGUCUUCAACUCCCCAGGAAGCUACAGGGAACCCAAGCACCCCUUGGGAGGCCGGGAAGCCUGUGGCAUGGACACCCUGCCCCUUAACGGCAACUUCAACAACAGCUACUCCUUGAGAAGCGGGGAUUUCCCUCCAGGGGAUGGGGGUCCCGAGCCACCCCGAGGUCGGAACCUGGCCGAUGCCGCCGCCUUUGAGAAGAUGAUCAUCUCAGAGCUGGUGCACAACAACCUGCGGGGGGCCAGUGGGGGCGCCAAAGGGCCUCCGCCGGAGCCUCCUGUGCCACCCGUGCCAGGGGUCAGUGAGGACGAGGCCGGCGGGCCUGGGGGUGCUGACCGGGCAGAGAUUGAACUUCUCUACAAGGCCCUGGAGGAGCCACUGCUGCUGCCCCGGGCCCAGUCGGUGCUGUACCAGAGUGAUCUGGAUGAGUCGGAGAGCUGCACGGCAGAGGAUGGGGCCACCAGUCGGCCCCUUUCCUCACCUCCCGGCCGGGACUCCCUCUAUGCCAGCGGGGCCAACCUGCGGGACUCGCCCUCCUACCCGGACAGCAGCCCCGAAGGGCCUAAUGAGGCCCUGCCCCCACCCCCACCUGCCCCCCCUGGGCCCCCAGAAAUCUACUACACCUCCCGCCCGCCGGCCCUGGUGGCUCGGAAUCCCCUACAGGGCUACUACCAGGUGCGGCGGCCCAGCCAUGAGGGCUACCUGGCAGCCCCCAGUCUCGAGGGGCCAGGGCCCGAUGGGGAUGGGCAGAUGCAGUUGGUCACCAGUCUCUGAGGGGCCUCAUGGACCAGAGGCCGGGGGCCUGGCCAGGGAGGAAACCCAGGAGGGGCUCUGGUGGGAGCAGAGACUGACGGAGGCAGUGGCUGGUGGGCCACUCUCUCCAGGUGCCCCUCAGCCCGUGGGCCCCACAGUCCCCUCGGGGGCUCUGACCUGGGCCCCAGGUGCCAGGGUUAGUAGACAGGGUUUCCACCAGCCACAGGCCCCAGCCUCUCUAGGGGAGUGCAAUGAGGAAAAGCACUUGGGCCUUGGGAGUAGGGGAGAAGCUGGUAGGUAUGACCAACUUCUGACUCUCCCUGCCUGUGGAGGAAGAGCAAGGGAUAAGGCUUCCUUAGGAUUUUAGGGGGUUGCCGCUUUUGAGGUGGCCGAAGCCUUGCAGGAUCCAGUUUAUCAGCUGCUCCUCCCCAUCUACCGGAGGGGAGCAGUGGGGCAGCGGGACAGAUGGACAGGAUCCUCCCUGCUAGGUUCCUUGUGCCCUGGAGGUGGGCAGUGGGGGCUGGUGGUUAUGGAGGAACUCUCUUUGAAGCUCCUUUCUCCCUUGCUAUCGGCCCUUGUCUCCCAAGCGAGCCUGCCCUUCAACCCUCAGAGUGCACCCAAUGACCCCCUCCCUUGGGGUGACUCCCAAUGAAGCACAACUCCCCGCAGGGCCCCUAACCCACUGGGGUGGCCAUAUCUGGGCAGUUCCCAGUCCUGUGGGCUGGGCUAUCUGGGGAGCAGAUUUGGGGUCUGGGGCUCCCUGAGGAGUGGGUCCUGGGUUUGGAUCUUUCCCUAGGGGGUCCUCUUACCCCUCUCUCUUCCUCCCCUAUUGCUGUAAAUAUUUCAACAAAACGGAAAAGGAAAAAAAAAAAGACAAAAAAAAAAGUAAGAAAAGAAAAUCUCAUCACUUGAAGCCACCGGGCACCUGCAGCCCAGGCCAGCCCGGACUUUCUCCGGAACAGAGCAGCGGCCAGCCCUGGCAACCAGGACUUCCUGUAUUGUACAUCCCAGCCAGGGCGGGCAGCAGAGCCGCUUUUACACUCCAGAGAGCAACAACGAAACAACCCGUCCUUCCCGGCACCGGGUCCUGUCACCUCUGCUCUGUCAGUCCUGCAUCAGUCCGCCCUCCUGGGGCGUGUACCUCACUGCCUGCCCCGCUGGCCAGGAGACACCCUCACACCCAAAGAUGCUUUUGCCGAGAUGGCUGCACUACCCCUUUGAGUUCCUGCUUCUCCUAUAUCACUUCAGGACUCACGGCAGGCAGGGGGAGGGAAAGGAGUGAAGGGCAGGGAAUGGUUCCUGUGGCUGAGCGGGAUGGCAGUGGUGAAGUCUUUCUGAGGGAGAGGGGGACAAAGGUGAGAGGUCCCUUUCCCUUGCCCCUCACCCCAAGCCCUCUGCCAGGCUUAAGGUGUCUGCCUAGCACCUCUGGCCCUUCAGCCUGGCCUGCCCUCCCCCAGUUUUGGGGAGAUAGCAUUAACUCUGCCGCCAUCUUCUGGAGAUGGAAUCACACCUCUGCUGACUUCACCCUGUUUUUUUCUCUGCCUCCUUCCUCACAAGUGCCAUGAGUUUUCAAGCAUCCUCUGGUCUCAGCUUGCUGCUGCCGUGAACUUCUUUGGGUUAUGAGGGAGGGGCUCUAGGAAGGCGCUGAGCAGGAGGUGAAUCAGUGGCAAGGAGGACCCUUUUUGCUGCUAGAAAGCCCUCUCCCUUUUGGGGAGCUGGGACUGGCUUGUCCCCCAUCAAUGUGGGGGGAAAGGGGCCAGACCAAAGAUAAUGGUUUGCUCCAUGAAGGGGAACAGAUGUGAAAAGGCAGGGUUUAUUCCAUCUCUGGUUUUUUCUGGUAGUGUGUUUUAGCUUAUCUUGCCAGAAGACCAAGGGUGAAGUCUAGGUGGGGGAGAGAGGAUGGAGGUAGUCUUGCCAAGGCAGGCCCGGAGAGUAGGAGAUGGCUUGUGGCCCUUGCCUAACUUUUGCUGGACCUGGAGCUUGCUGUGGUUCUGUGAAGUGACUGGCCCAGGCCUGAGGCCCAUCAGACAUCAAUAAAUCUAGGGAAAAGGGCGGGUGAAGAGGUCCUCUGGGAUUGGAGGCUCCCUCAUUCCCUGCACGGUCCUUUUCCAGAUGUGGGCGAUGGACGGCAGAGGAUGUGGUGCGGCAGGGCCUUUGGUUCCUACUCUAGCUGGCAUCGCUAGCACAGAGUAAACCCCAGGCCUCAGCUACAUGGGAGGUCCCCAAGUGGGGCUGGUUCCACUGCAGUCCAGCGCAAAGCCACCCAGAGAGCCCAGGUGUCCCCUACCCUAACCAGACCUGGUGCCUUGACGCCCCCACCCCAGCGGGGACGGUACAAAGAAGGGUCUUGGUCUCCUCCUCCUCCCUUCCUUGGGCUCCUGAAUUCAUUUGCUCUUAAAUCUUGCUCAUUCUUUUUCUCUACAUUUUUUUUCCUUUUGGGUUUUUCUUAACUAUCCACCUUUCUUUGUGUCUCUUUUGCUGUCUCUGUGUCCCCCCCCCCAUUCUCAAUUUCUCUGUCCAUUUGGGCCUCCCUGCUCCCACACCCUAGUCCCUUCUUUCCUUGGUCUCCUUUUCGAUAUGCCAAACCAAUUUUGGGUCGAGUGCAUUUAACGAGAACAAAACAAAAGGCUCAUAAGAAC